CUCUUCUGGAGAUCCCCUCUUUUGGUGUCUUCUGGUGAGCUCAACCCAAGGGAUGACAGUCAAUAAAAAGCGGAAACAGGUUCAUGAGGAAACUGUACAGAGAAAGAAAAAAGUGAGAAGCAGUGGUAGCCAGACUGUCAUAACUGAGAAAAGAAUUCAGGCUGCCACUGAAGCGGAGGAUGAUGACUGGUUUGAAACAAAAAUAAAGGUAAAGAAGAAGGAAAGUGUGAAAGAAGAUGAAUGUUCAGACCAAUUGAAUCUGAAGAAGAAGAAAAACAAAAAGAGGAAGGUUCGCUUUGAAUUACCGAAAGAAGUAUGUUCAGAAGACUUUUUGUAUGUAGAAGGCCAUCAGGAUUUAGAACAAGAAGCAUCAGAGGUAAAAUGUUCUAAAGUGUUCAAAAAGAAGAGAAAAAAAGACCGAUGUCGUGCCUCUUUAUCAGUGAAAAGUAAACAAAAUAGUGAUGUGGAGCUUUCAAAUCAUUAUUCAGAUGAUAUGCAGGAAAAUAAAUUUGCUUUUGCAAAAAGCAGGAGAAAUAACACUUUGAAUUUGAAACUGGAUAGUGAACAAAAUAAGAAAAAAAAGAAGGAAGACACCUUUUCUUUAGCAUUAGGAGAUAUCCAGGACAGUGAAUAUAAACAGUCUCAAAAAAAUUGCAAAGAAACAAAAGUGCACGCUUCAGAAAGAAGAUCUAUUACUGGUGAAAGUCAUGGAGCAGAUACUAUCCAUAACGAUGGGAAGGGUAUGAGAAGAAAGAAGAGGAAGAAAAAGAAAUCUGGCUCCUUUUUGCCACUAGCAGGUAAUCAAAACAUUUCUGCAGUUUGUUAUAGUUCCAUUGCAUUAAGCAGCUUUGGAGAAAGGCACAGAAAAGAAAUUAGGUUGACAGAUAAAGAGGAAAAGGAUGCUACUGAGAACCCAGAAAGUAUCAGAGAGAUGAAGAAGAAGAAAAAAAAAGAUGUUUCCUCCUUAAAGUGUAAAGAUGAUCAGUGCUACAGUCAGAGAGUUCUUGAUGAGCAUCUUCCUACAUCGCAAGAAGUUGAGCCUGAGGAGGAAGAGCUGUCUGGGAGAAAAACCUUGAAGAAAAACAAGAAUAAUAAUGAAGCAACCAAUAAGAAAAAGAAAAGGAAGAUCAAAAAAGAUAAGGAAACAACUUUUUCAAAAGUUUCUUUAAGCAAUGACUGUGCACCUAAAAGCCAAAAAAUAACACCCCUAGAAAGCAACAAAAAGAACAAAGAGAGGAAAGUGAAGCCAGCUGAAUGUGUCACGGGGGACACUGCAGGUGACAGGGUGUUAUGCAAUUCUAGUCAUAUGCUCUCUGACAAGAAGAGGAAAAAAGUACCAGAGGACUCUGCAGAAGAGUCAAGAUCAAAUGCAAGUAUCAAAAAGAAAAGGCCCAAAAUAGAAGAUGGGGGAGAUAAGAUCUUGGAAGAUGUGGAUGAUGUGACUGUUGUGCAGGAAAAAAAAGGAAACUGUGAUGAAAUUAAUAUAGACAAGGCGAGGCGGCAGGCUCUGCAAGAAGAGAUUGAUAGAGAAUCUGGAAAAACUAACAUUUUCAGUCCCAAAGAGAACAUGGAUACAAAGAUUGGCCAGUGGAGUGCAGCUGCUUUUCAAAGUUCUGAGCGAGGGAUGAAAUUUCUUCGACUGAUGGGUGGUUUCAAAAAGAGCUCUGCACCUAUGGAAGAUCUCUAUGUGACUACGAACAAACAGAACAUGGCUUUGAGCAGGGAAGGGGAGGAGAAGUUACAGCAGGCUCUGAAGAUGGAAUUUGACAAAGCAAUGGACUUGAAGCAACACAAAAGAAUUGGUCUUGGAUUUCAACCUGCUGCCAACAGGAAAGUGUACAUAGACAAAUAUGCAUCUAGAUCUAUAAAAUUUGCAGAUUAAAACUGAAGUAAUGGAAUGAAAAUGGGGAAAUUUAUUUUUGCUUUCCACUUAUUUUUACUUGAAAUAAAAUAUGAAGUGUUCAA